AUGGCGACCACACGAUCCCUAUCUGAUCUCGCCCAACUUAUACACAGCCGGACGACAUCCAUCGAGACCGGGCUGAAGGCUGCAAACCUGCCUCAACCAUCUUUCAACGCCACAGCACCACCCGCACUACCGCUGAGCAGAGAACUUGAGGAAGUUCGCGAUGAACUGGUGGAGGCCCUCGAAGAGCUCCGUGCCCUGGUCCUUGGGCCAGUAGGGCAUCUCUUCACGACCAUGCUUCCCAUGCCCGGCCUUACCGCAACCUUGCACGGGAUAUACCGCUUCCGCAUCGCACAGAACCUCGCUCUAGACGAAACGGUCUCCCACUCCGUCCUGGCAGCACGAUGCGGGCUUCCAGAACCUGACCUGCGGCGCUACCUUCGCAUGGCCACAUCACUGCGGCUGUUUGAAGAGCCCGAGAAGGGACAGGUGAGCCAUAGUGCCGCAUCUGCGUUCUUGGCCUCCAUGCCUGCGGCAAACGACAUGCUGGGUACUUUGAUCGAGGAGCAGGUCCCCGCGGGUCUGGCACUGGCCGAUGCGCUGCAGCAGUUCCCAGGGUCGGAGGAGCCGAGCGAGGCAGCUGCUGUCCUUGGACAGAAUGGAGGUUUACCCACGGCGACCAAGGGCAAAGUGGACAAGAAACAGGAUUUCUACGCUUCCAUGUCGGACGACCCGGAGAGGGUGCGACGUGCGGCCAGCGCCAUGUCAAUCGCCGCCAAGAUACCUAGCCAUUCUGUGCAGCAUUUCGUCGAGGGCUGCGGCUGGGCCGAGUCGUGCCCCAGGAAGGUCGUGGAUAUAGGGGGGUCGGAGGGAAAGCUCUGCAAGGCACUGUUGGAGAAAUACAAUGCGAUUGAGGAGGCAAUGUCGCUCGAUCGGCCGGAGGUUGUCGCGGACGUCGACGUGCCAAAGGAGCUGGAAGGCCGCCUGACUUUUGGUGGCUAUGACUUCUUCGAGGAGCAGAAGGUCAAGGGUGCCGACGUGUAUCUCUUCCGGAACAUCUUCCAUAACUGGCCGGACAAGUACGCCGUGCAGAUACUGCGGAACCAGAUCCCGGCGCUGAAGCGCGGUGCGAGGAUUUUCGUCAACGAGGCUUGCUUGCCGGAACCCGAUGCCACAAAACUCGUGACAAAUCGGAUUGCAUGGGCCUCGGAUCUUAUCAUGAAGAUGGUGUUCAAUGCUAUGGAUCGUAGCAAAGAGGACUGGUAUGCGCUGUUCGCUAAAACCGACGAAAGGUUCAAGGUGGUUUCAAUUACUACACCCCCAGGAUCGGCCAUGUCAAUCAUCGAGGUGGUUUGGCAGGGCUGA